UUGUAGAAUGAAAGUGCUGAGGUUAGGAUGUGAAGUACUCCCAGUCGUCUAAUCUUGCCACGGAGGCCUAAAUUAUUAUCAACAAACAGUCAACAGAAGUCCUGGAAGACUCAAUUUGCUAACAGAAAUACUCAUUCUGAUCAAAUAAAGGGUUCUCGUUGGUGUCAUCAGCCCUAGAUGAAGAGGAAAAAAGGGAUGACUCGGGGAUUAUUCUUCUAACUGGAUAUUCCAUUGUUAUUACACUAAAUUACACGUCAUACGUACGUGGAUUCAUAUGCGAUCAUACGUGUGCAAUCACCAUCAGUGAGAGGAACAUGUGAAGUGCAAGAUUAUGGCUAUUGAUGACAGUAAAAUGUCAUAGCAAGAAUUGGAUCGCCAGAGGCAUCUAAAUCAGGGAUGACAUUCUGGAGUGGAAGGCCCGGAUGGCUGGGCAAACUGGGUCUAGCGUUACUGCUGGGCUGGUUGAUAAUCCUGAUCUUUUCAGUAUUUCACGUGAUGAGAAGUUCCCCUCCAUCACAGGACAUUACCUCUCGACUAGAGAAGGCGAAUACUCAGAAGUUAAACGAAAUGAUCGAGGAAUUCGGAAUUCUGAAGAAGCAGAACGAGGCUCUGGCGAGUUUGCUGCUCUCCGACAACUCAAAAGGUGUGCGAGGGGAUCACCUGGGGGAAAUCAGAGACAAACUGGACAUCCAGAGGAUCACCGAGGACAGUGGGCCCUCAUUCGGUUACGAAGACUUGAGAAGAAAAAUCAAAAACAAUAUCCAGGAGUUCUGGUAUUAUGUAACGUUCGAGUUAAAGAAGGUGAAGAGUCUGGGGGACAGUUUUAACCUUGACAAGCGAAACCAGGACGUUGACGACACAAUCAAGGACAUCUGGGAGCAUAAGAAAGAAUUAAUGCUGGAGCUGGAUAAGCUGGAGCGCGUAGAUGGCCACAGGAAUUGGAGGGAGAAGGAAUCUAAAGACUUAUCUGACUUGGUUCAGAGGAGAUUCUGGCACCUGCAGAAUCCAGCAGACUGUAAUAAAGCCAAAAAACUCACCUGCAGCUUGAACAAGGGCUGUGGAUUUGGUUGCCAAAUACAUCAUAUAACUUACUGCUUCCUGGUGGCCUAUGGAACCGAACGAACUCUCAUUCUGAAAUCAAAGGGCUGGCGUUACCACAAGGACGGCUGGGAGAGUGUCUUCAAGCCUCUGAGUGACACAUGCCUCUCAGCAGCUGGGGCUUCUCACAGCAAUUGGCCAGGGGACAGCUCUAAACAAGUGAUGGCUCUUCCAAUAGUCGACAACCUCUCCCCCAAACCCAAGUAUCAACCUCCGAGCAUACCAGCAGAUCUUGCCCCUCGAAUUCAGAAGCUCCAUGGUCACCCCAUCGUCUGGUGGGUGGGGCAGGUCCUCAAAUUCCUCAUGAGGCCCCAGGACAACAUAAAAAAGGUCAUGGACUACUCGAAGGAGAAACUAAACUUCGAGAAACCGAUUGUGGGAAUUCACGUCAGGAGGACUGAUAAAGUGGGCACUGAAGCUGCUUACCACGAUAUUGACGAGUACAUGGUCAAAGUCGAUCAGUACUUCAAUCAAUUGGAGACUGAGCCGUCUGUCCGAAGAGUCUUCAUCGCCAGCGAUGAUCCCAAAGUGAUAACAAACGCCAGAAGAAGGUAUCCAAGGUACGAAGUCAUUGGGGAUCCAGCGGUUGCAGAGACAGCUUCUGUGUCAAAACGAUAUUCAGACUCAUCACUCCAGGGAAUUAUCGUUGAUAUCCAUUUACUAUCUCUCUGUGAUCAUCUCGUCUGCACUUUCAGCUCGCAAGUCUGCAGAGUUGCCUACGAGAUAAUGCAGACGUAUCAUGUGGAUGCUCAUGACAAAUUCACGUCUCUAGACGACGUGUAUUAUUAUGGGGGCCAAAAUCCUAAUCCAGGGGCCGCUAUUCUCGAUCAUGUACCCAGAAGAAUUGGGGAGAUUGAGCUGAGGGUUGGGGACAAGGUGGAGGUCUAUGGAAAUCACUGGGAUGGCUACUCCAAGGGGAGAAAUCUCAGGACCAGUGUCACUGGACUUUUUCCCAGUUUCAAGGUGAAAAAUCCAGUCGCUGUUGUUGAUUUUCCCAAGUAUCCAGAUGUACCCAUCUACAAUCCUGGAAAUUGACGUGGGUUUUUUUCGUAGAAUUUGGAACAGAUUAUUUAUUUCGUUUGUAAAUGUGUGUUUAGGGGGUUCUUCGUGGUUCAACGUCCGAGGAAGAGGCAAAAUUGCACAUUUUCGAUAAUUGCAAAGUGAAUUAAAUGAGAUUAUGUUUAUUAAAGUGAGAGAAAUGGCUGUUUUGCCUUGUUCUAGUUCUCAUGUUUGAUAAGCCUAACUUUUACACUUAUUAUUUAUUGAUUAGUAAUCAUGAGCUGAGAUUAGCACACGACACUGGGAACAUCUACGAAUGACUUUCUGUGAUUUUAAUUAGGCAGAGGCUAAAUCAAGGGUUCCCAGGGGAGAAAUUAUUUUCUUUAUCUCCAUUGCAUGGAGAGUAUGGUAUAAUCUACUCUAUACCUGAUGAUCAGACAGAAAUUAUGAGAAAUAGUGUAAUAUAUUUUGUACUGCGAAGAGUGGAGUGUUUAUGCAUUAAAGAAAUGUCGACUUAUGAUGUUAUAUUGUACAUUGUACCUAGAUUUUUCAUAAAUAAAUAUUGCGAGAUUUGAACGACGAA